AUGAACUUGAAUCCACUCGUUUGCUACAAUGGUGCCUUGGAGAAGAACGUUAUUGUAACUUCAUUUGUUUUGGUAUGCGAGAUUUUUAAGGUCGUAUUUGCUCUGAUUCUCAUGGCAAGAGAUGGUAGUUUGAAGGGUUUAUCAAAAGAGUGGACUUUGAUGGGGUCCUUGACUGCAUCAGGACUCCCUGCAGCCAUUUAUGCAGUGCAGAACACUUUGUUGCAGAUCUCAUACAGGAAUCUUGAUUCCUUGACUUUUUCAAUUCUGAAUCAGACGAAAAUCUUUUUCACAGCAUUGUUUACAUUCAUAGUACUAAGGCAGAAGCAAUCAAUUCAACAAGUAGGAGCUUUGUGUUUAUUGAUUAUGGCAGCAGUCCUAUUAAGUGUUGGUGAAGGCUCUAACAAAGGUCCAAGUGCCAGUAAUUCAGAUCAAGUGGUAUUUUAUGGGAUUAUCCCGGCCUUGGUAGCCUCAUUGCUCUCUGGUUUAGCCUCAUCUCUAUGUCAAUGGGCUUCUCAGGUCAAGAACCGUUCAUCAUACUUAUUGACGGUUGAGAUGUCAAUUGUUGGAAGCCUCUGCUUGUUAGUGAGUCUCCUUAAAUUUCCAGAUGGUGAAGCGAUUAAAAGAUAUGGCUUCUUUCAUGGCUGGACUGUUUUAACACUGGUCCCAGUAAUAAGCGAUGCUCUUGGUGGAAUUCUUGUUGGCCUAGUUACAUCACAUGCCGGUGGUGUAAGAAAGGGAUUUGUGAUUGUGUUGGCAUUACUAGUGUCGGCGCUACUUCAGUAUGUGUUUGAAGGAAAACCGCCGUCAUUGUAUUGCCUGGUGGCUCUUCCUAUUGUGAUGACAAGUAUCUCAUUAUACCAGAAAUAUCCAUACACAAUAAGAAGAAGAAGAAGGUCUAAAGAUCCAUUCACAGAUUAGCUGCCAAAUUCAACAAUGGGAUAUAUAUAUCUUUACAUGCGGUAAUUAAAUUAUUAACUAGAGAUGAUAGUUGUGAUAACUAAUGUAACAUUGGAAGAUGUUAAUACAUAGAAUGAGUUCAAUUGUGACCAUGUAAUUGUCAAUACUUAAACA